AUGCUGUCUUUGCUGCUCCGUACGUUGCUGGCCGUCCCGCAACAGAGGAUCUCCAAUGUGCAGCACGCAACAACCCAGUCCAUCUUGACACCCCAUGAUGCAACUGGUUUGGGUGAAAAUAAUGCAGUACCCAACAGAUUCACCAAGGUGGAGCAAGACGACAGUGUUUGUGCCGCGGGAUCGCGGCAGUGGACGGGCAAGAUUGAAGUCACCCACGGAAAUGAACUCUUCUACUGGUAUUUUGAAAGUCAGCAGUUUGCAGAAAGGGCACCAUUGCUGAUAUGGCUGACUGGCGGUCCUGGAGAGGCAUGUACUGUGCCUUUGCUAAAUGGCGGCGGGCCCUGCACCAUCAAUGACGACGGAACUGCGACGGUCAACUCACCUCACUCCUGGACGAACUUUUCACUCCUUAUACUAAAUCCUCUUUUCCUGUUGAGCGAAAUUGCCGGGGUCGGCUUUUCCAAAUCCAACUCGAAGCCGGUCCACCGCCCGAAAACGAUUGACGAUGUCACGCUCGACUUGAAAUAUUUCCUCUCUACUUUUGUUUCCGAAGCAUUUCCCGAGCUCCGUGGACGCGGAUUCCAUAUUUCUGGAGAGUCAUACGGCGGAAUACAAGCCAUCUCGCUGGCCUAUGCCCUUGCGAAUCCGGAGACCGGAGGGCCGCAGCCCGACUUGAGCCUAGAAUCCUUGGUGGCGUCGAGUAGCUUUGCCGAUAUUUCCUAUUCCGCCCCAGCAUAUUACGACGUAUUGUGUGGGAGAGACCACCAAUAUCUCAACAGAACAGAGUGUGCCAUAAUGGCUGCGGCCGUUCCAACGUGUGAGACGGCGGCGGUUUCGUGUAGGCAAACAACCGGCGACGAGCAUUGCUGGGCCAUGGCGGCGGCGUGCGCGCCCAUACUCCAGUUCUGGGUUCCUCCCGAAAAGAAUAUUGUACACUUGGAAAAGCCUUGCGCUGGGUUCCCCACCUGUGACCCUCGAAUGAAGGCUAUCGAGACAUAUAUGAAUAACACAGAGAUACAGAAGAAGCUCGGCUUUGCCAAGAAUCACCUUGUUCCGUUUGUCGGUAUGGAUAUGGAAGUAAACAUAUACAUGGCCAUGCACGGUUCCGUCUGGCUUCCCACCAGCAGCAAGUACGAGUAUUUGCUCAAGAAUACCAGUGUUCGUAUACUUGGGCGUGGAGGUUACCUUGACCCCGACACCCCGAUUGAAGGAGCAAUCAGAGGCUUUGAAGCAUUUCACUGGUGGGGGCAAGCCCAGUUCCGCGCGUCGCGCCCGGAGCCGUGGUACUACAGAGGGACAGACGGAGAUAUGGUCCGCGGCGGCUGGCGCAGGGGGUACAGUCGGCUAUGGUUUGUCUCAUUUGAUCAAACCGGUCACUUGAUUGAUAGAGAUGAGCCAGAGUCGUCUCUACAUAUCAUGAAGCAAUGGAUUCAGGGUGGAGUUCCUGUGCAGGCUUAG